AAAUUCAUUUGUCCCUUCAAUUUCACCCCUCCCGCAACAGCACACCAACUCUUCCUAAACGUAAAUAUUGUUCUAUCUUAAGGAUUACGAAAUUGCUAACAAAAAAAUCACAAUUCCAAAGAUAAAAUCCGAAAAAAAACUAGUAAUAUGACUCAAGUUAUCGUAAAGAUAUAAAGGGGAAGAAGUGGGGAAAACUUACCUGAGUGAUUUGCUGUUGAAAUUGCUGUACUGAUUUUAGUUUCCAUAGCUGUAGAAAGGUUUGGCAGUUUAUCAAAAAUAGCCUCUCCACCAAUUAAGGUAGGGCAAGGUCUGUUGAGGCUCUACGCUGAAUGACACUUCUAAUGGAUUACACCUGACAAUGUUGUUGUAGUUGUAGAGAGGUUUAUUUUUGUAGUAUUGGACUUUGCCGCCCUUUAUUAUUUGUUACUGUUACUGUCGAAUUCCUUCGUUUUCCUCGUACCAAACAUUUCAAAUGAUAUCAAUUAUUACAAGUUGGUCCGCUCGUAAGCACACAUUCUUGGGAUUCAUUUUUCAAAUUCAUCAGUAUCAUCAACACUUAUUUCCUCAAAAUCCAACUCAACAUUACGCUUCUCUUCUGCAAUCUUGCAUCGCCCGAAAAGCAGUUGAACCUGGAAAGCAGCUCCAUGCGCAUCUAUGCCUCACCGGUUUCGGCUACAACAUCAAUUUAGCAACAAAGCUUGUCAAUCUAUACUGCGUUUGUGAUAAGUUGACGAAUGCCCGCAAUUUGUUUGAUAGAAUUCCCAAAGGAAAUAUUUUUCUUUGGAACGUUUUGAUUCGUGGGUAUGCUUGGAAUGGACCAUACGAGGGUGCAAUUAACCUGUAUUAUCAAAUGUUUAAUUAUGGUCGUGUUCCUGAUAAUUUUACCUUUCCGUUUGUUCUUAAAGCGUGUUCGGCAUUGUCAGCGAUUGAAGUGGGGAAGGAUAUACAUGAAAAUGCAAAGCGAACGAAGUGGGAUAAGGAUGUUUUCGUUGGUGCUGCUCUUAUUGACAUGUAUGCUAAAUGUGGUUGUGUUGGUAGGUCGAGGGAGGUGUUUGAUAAUGUCAUUGAGAGGGAUGUAGUUGUUUGGAAUUCAAUGCUUGCUUCUUACUCACAAAAUGGUCACCCUGAGGAUUGUUUGACUUUAUGUGGUGAAAUGGCAUGUGGAGGUGUUAGACCCACUGAGGCGACCUUGGUCACUGCAAUCUCUGCUUCUGCUGAUGUUGCAGGCCUUCGACAGGGAAGGGAGCUUCAUGGGUAUAGUUGGAGACGAGGUUUUGACUCUCAGGACAAAGUGAAGACAGCACUUGUGGAUAUGUAUGCCAAGAGUGGGUCGGUGAAGGUUGCGAGGAUCUUGUUUGAAGGACUACAGGUGAAAAGAGUUGUUUCUUGGAAUGCUAUGCUCACCGGAUAUGCAAUGCACGGUCAUGCUGAUGCAGCACUUGGUCUGUUUAAUGAGAUGGUUGGCAAAGCUCAGCCGGAUCACAUAACUUUUGUAGGUGUUUUAUCAGCUUGUAAUCAUGGAGGUCUGCUGAGUGAAGGGAGGACAUAUUUUGAUUCAAUGGCAAGAGAUUAUGGAAUUGAACCAACCAUUCAGCACACUACUUGUAUGGUUGAUCUCUUAGGUCAUUCUGGUUGCUUAGAUGAGGCUUAUGGACUUAUAACUCAGUUGAAAGUUAUGCCGGAUGCUGGUGUCUGGGGCGCAUUUCUUAAUUCAUGCAAAAUCCAUGGUCAUGUGGAAUUUGCAGAAUUGGCAUUAGAGAGGUUGAUUGAGCUUGAGCCCGAUGAUGCAGGCAAUUACGUAAUCCUAUCGAAUAUCUAUGCCCAAGCAGGUAGAUGGGAAGGUGUUGCAAAGCUUAGAGACUUAAUGAACGAACGAGGUGUAAAGAAAACCGCCGCAUACAGUUGGAUUGAAGUUAAAAACAAAGUACAUGCCUUUCUCUCGGGGGAUACAUCUCAUCCUAUGUCUGAUGAUAUUUAUGCAGAGCUACAGAGCUUAGGAGCACGAAUGGUACAAGCUGGCUAUGUGCCAAACAUUACUCCUGUUUUCCAUGAUGUGGAAGAUGAUGAGAAGCGCAGAAUGGUGUGCAGCCACAGUGAAAGGCUAGCGAUUGCUUUUGGACUAAUUAGUACACCCCCAGGGACAAAGCUGUUGAUCACCAAGAACCUCCGAGUUUGCGAGGACUGCCAUGUUGCAAUCAAGUUUAUCUCAAAGUUAACAGAGAGAGAAAUCUCUAUCAGAGAUGUAAAUCGCUAUCAUCAUUUCAAAGAUGGCAUCUGUUCUUGUGGAGAUUAUUGGUGAAAUGGGUUCAGGAAUUUCAGUGUCUACAAGGGAAAUGUUAAACCAAUUACUCCUUGAAAAAGAAUUGGCUCGUCUAACUGAGUAAAAAUGUAUUGGCUCGUCUAACUGAGUAAAAAUGUAAGUCAUGACUGUUUUGUCAAAAAGCCAUAACUCUGUAAAUGUAACCAUGUUCUUGUUCUCAACAAAGAAGCAGUUCUAAUUGGUUUCAGCGAAGAGAUAUUGGGUUUGGCCAACGUAAAGAUCUUGUAAGGGCCAUGGUAGGACGUUGAAGAUAAACUCUGAUUCAUUCCUGCAAUUAAUCUCUAAUGCUACUCGUCACGUCACGUCACGUCAAGCAUAAUCUACUCUUGCAGCUCAUACAUAGAUUCGCCACUUCAGAAUACAUCUUUACAUGAUAUAGUUAAUGGCACUUGGUGCAUUUCAGUGGUAAAAUUACAUUGAGAAUUUGAAACUGCAGCCAGAGCUUUAUGCGAACAUGUGUUUAAUAAGUUUGCUGAUUCUUUUCAUGCAUAUGUACUUGUAACUGCGAUAUGUGGUGUAUUUCUUUGUCCAUAAACUCCUACGACUGAGUCGAAGCCAGCAUUGCUAGUCAAAUGGCAAAAGACCAAUUCUACCAUAUUCUCAUCGAAAGUAUUGAUCUCAAACAGUUGGUCAUGACCGAAAGCCUAUAUACUUUGAAUAACAUCUUCAGUCUCCAAGCAAACCACUGGCCAUGUCAUUUUAGCAUUAGCUACCAAAACAGAGCAACAUGUCUGACCGUGGCAAAGUCUUUAUUCAGACCAGACCAGACCAGCAGGUACUAUUCAUUUGAAUGGGGACAGUGUGGUUCCGCCUGAAUGUCAGCCCAACCCAUCAAUCCUCGGAUUAGUGUAGAACUUACCUAGCCACCUAUAGUACACAUCCACAAAACUAACAUUUUUGACAACAGCGUUUAUACAUCUUUGUACUGUAUUUAUGCACUCUAUAAAUAGUGUAUCUACAUUGUAUAAA